CAGUUCCAUUCCCGAUGAAUAUACGCCCGCAGCAAACCAGUAGUCAAUGCCAGCUUCUCUGAUUGGCGCCAACGCAAUGAGGCUGGAGAAUCCCGAGCCGCCCAUGUGUAACGCGAUCGCCGCCUCCGGCCCCGCCGGGGAGACUUCGCCCGCAGCCGAGGUUGACGGCGCCGACGAGGGACUCUUAGUGCCGCCGCUGAAUUUCGCCAUGGUGGAUUACGGCGUCUUCCGUUCCGGAUUCCCCGAUCCUUCCAACUUCCCGUUCCUGCAAACCCUAGGCCUCCGCUCUAUUAUAUGUUUGUGUCCUGAACCGUAUCCUGAGGCGAAUCUGGAGUUCCUCAGUUCGAAUGGGAUUCAGCUUUUCCAGUUCGGCAUCGAAGGAUCAAAGGAGCCAUUUGUAAACAUUCCAGUGGAUAUGAUACGGGAAGCACUAAAAGUCGUCCUUGAUGAAAAGAAUCAUCCGCUGCUUAUUCAUUGUAAAAGGGGAAAGCACCGUACAGGUUGUGUGGUGGGGUGCUUGAGAAAGAUACAGCGAUGGUGCCUCACGUCCAUUUUUGACGAGUACCAGAGGCAUGCUGCCGAAAAGGCUAGGGUCUCAGACUUGCGAUUCAUAGAGCUGUUUGACUUCAACCAGCCAACACAAUUCAUUUCAUGCUCAAAGAAUUGACGAUUAGAUUGAAGAAAUGAGAAUGCAAGAAGGAUUUAAAAAGAAGAAGAGUUACUGGUACAAGUGACUGGACCUUCUAACUAACACAUGGCUCAAGAUCACUCCAAAUGGUGGGAUCCAUGUUUUGUUUUUGGUACAUAAUAAAAGAAGGUUAAAAUCUCAAGCCUACACGUUUUAUUUUUUUAUUUAGGAUGUGCACAUCAUUGGUGUUAGACUUCUAAUCCAUUUUGCCUGGUAG